AUGCCGGUAAUUAUGAGAAUUCGUUACAUAUUGACCUCUGUGGUUCUAUUGGGUUUGUGUUUUCUUUGCUAAUCUGAUUGAACACUUACAGAUAAUUAACAAAUAAAAUAUCAUGUUCACAGAUUGCUAAUUCAUUCAUUGCCGGAUGUUAUCGUUUCCCCAAUGAUGACAAGCAAGGGCAGCAUACACAUCGUAGCACCUAAAGAGUUACUUGAAACCGGUGAAGUACAGCGAAAGCUCAACGAAAUGAACAUUAAGUGCUCCAAAUUCAUGGAUGUUACACAGAAGGUUUACGAAGCCUGUUUAAAAUAUACAAUAUCAUUUAAACUUGCUCCUGAGUGGAACAGAGUCGGUAACAAUCUUUUGAAAGGAAAGAACUUUCUUGUCUCACUGGAUCUACCAACCAAUGCAAUCUCCAUGGAAAUGAUUUCAAAUUGUGAGAAGCCAUAUUUUUCUCUAUUGCCAUUCUGUAUUAGUGUUCCUGAAUUUUGA